AUGAAGGUUGAACAGCUCAAGGAGGAGAUCUGUGAGUACCAGAAGGCUGAGAAGCAAGGACUUGCUGUGCCUGUGCCAGCUGAGGCUGAGGAGCUCCCAGUGCCCUCCCUGCAGUCACAGGUCACCAAGGGUGAAGGAGACCAGGAUCCAAGCAGAGAUGGCUCAGAUCAGGAAGGCAGAGCCCAGAGUGCUGAAACACUUCCUAAGAAGUGCCAAGAGGUGAUGGAUGACCCAGAGGGCAGGAAUUCCCAGCUCCUGCCCGAGCUGCACAGGCUGGAGCUGGAGCAGGAGGAGCUGGCUGAGGACAGUGAAGAGCUGAAAUCCAUCCUGGGAGAGACACAGAACCAAACCAAGCAGGAGAAGGAAGAGUUUGAGAGGGAGGGAGAGGGACUUCACCAGAAGAUCAGAAGCUUAGAAACAGAGUUACCUGAAGGGCAGAAGAACAAAACUGAGGUGAGUGGGGAAGAGCAGGCAUGGACUGGAGCACAAGAGGUGCAAGAGAUGCUGGAAAGCUGCCAGGAAAUGAUAGAAAAGUUGGGAAAUCAGCUGGGAGAGCAGAGAGAAUGGAGAAAGCAAUUUGCAUUUGAGCUUAAACUGCAACAAGAAGAUCUGAAGGCUGAGAAGAAGUUCAUGGGUGGUCAGGGUCUGUCCAACAAGAGCUUCCAGAGGCAGGAGUUAAAAAUGCAGCAACUGCAGCAGGACUUGUGUCAUGUCCAGAGCUUGUGCAGCUCAGCCCAGAGGGAGCUGAGACACGAGCGGGAGAAGAGCGCAGACUUAGAGAAGCAAAACCUCCUGCUCCAACAGGAAUGCACCAAGGUCAAAGCUAAGCUGAAGCAAGCCCAGGCCAGACUUGUGGACACGACUGAAAUGUGCUCCUGUCUCUCAGCACAGUGGGAAAAAAGCCAGAAGAAGGUGAGAGAACUUGAAGAAAAGCUCUUGAGAUGCUCCCAAGCUGAUAAACUGCAGAGCAGACUGCAAGAGAAACUGGCACAGGAGAAAUCCAGAGUGUGUGAAGCACAGAAAAAGAUUUCCAAACUCCAACGAAAGCUGAAGGAUUCACAGCAGCAGCUCCUGCUGGCAGAGGCUUGUGCUUCAGACAAGAAGCUCCUGGAGGGGGAAUUGAAGGAGGCCCGAGAAAAUGAAGCUGGUGUGCGGCGAGAACUUCAUGAGGAGCAGCUGAAAAGGGAGCUCCUGGAGCAGCAGGUGGACGAGCUGCAGCAGCAGCUCCGGCGUCUGCGGGAGACGAAGGCGUCACUGGGCAAGAUGGACGUGGAGCUCCAGGCCAAGACUCCCCAUGUCCUGGAAGAUGAGAGGAAAACUGACUCAAGUGAGCACCUCCAGUGUCAGAAGGAGAACCAGAAGCUUUCAGAGCAACUUUCACUGCUGAAAGAGGAAAACAAAGCCCUUUAUGAGGAAGGAGUUUGUCUCCUGAACCAGAAGGAUCUGUUUGUCAGGAAAUACAAGGAAAUGCAGCUCAGGCACAAGGAGAAGAUCCGCAGAGCCAAGGAGACCUUCAUCCAGGAGGUGAAAUGGAGGGACAGCAGAAUUAAGCAUCUUGAAAACGAGCUCAGCGAGUCCAAGGUCCAAGUGGAAAAGGGGAAGGUGCUGAUCACACAGAUCACUGCUGAGAACGAGAAACUACUCCAGGAAAGAAGGCAGCUCCUCCAGAAGAUCACUGGCCAACAGGAGACCCCUUGGAGCAACAGGUCCAUGAUUGCCACCCAGCAGAGCAGAGUGAAGAUGCUGGAUGAGGAGAAGAUGCAGCUGCACGAGAGCAAACUCCAGCCCUCCAGCCACCUGCCCAGCUCACAGUACAACCCGAGGAGCAUCCGCCCUCCCAACACAGAGGACUCCAAGAGCACCAGCUUCUCCGAAUGCCAACCACAGAGGAAGGUGGUGCCACCUUCCCAGACCAGAACCUCCUAG